AUGGAGAGAACUCUCACCACAAGCACAGUCAGCAACAGGAUAGUCAGCAGGACUCCUCGUCCAGGUGAUGAUGACGAGUCUUCGUCUUCUCCUGCAAAGAAAAGCUAUUUGGCCUCCUCGAUAGGCGAAAUACUGCAGAGGCCAAGCAAGUUCAUGAGCAGCAUACUGAACGACGUCUCUCAACAAUCUGCAUCAGGAGAGAAGGAGCUGCAAGGCGGAGAGGACUACAGUGCUAGGGGAGCACAGCAGGAGACUGGUGAACACACAUUUGCCGACGAGUUGUAUUUGUCAGACAUGCUCUUGCAGGUAGUGCUCAACAGAAGGCACCUCGAUCGGUCUGGAGCAUCUUCAAGCGGGAGCACACCUCGAGAGCUUUCUUCACCUGAAAGUUUGCAAAGCGCCUCGAAUUAUACGUCCACUACUGGUACUAGAACAAGAAGUGGGAGCACGACACACAAUAACAGAACAACGUCUAG